UGGCUUGACAUCAUCUCGUGCAUCACAGCAACAACUACACCACAUUUACUACUCAGCCAUUCUACCAUUAUGGCUCAUGAUUCGCAGACCCAACUUAAAGAUAUUAUGGGCUGCAAGAACUGGGUCAUGCUUCAAAUCGGCCGCAUCGCUGUGCUGCACGCAGACAAGCUUCAAGCGUUGCGACAGGGACACUUCAAUUGUGUGGGGUUUAAGCAGACUAUCAUCGAUAUCCAUGGCUUCCAACAGCUUGGAGAAUUAGACGCGGUCGUUUCGAGAGCUAUGAUAAUGCUUCAACUUCUACCAGCCGUGGUCGCCCCAUUGUAUGUUAUUGGGUCGGUGGCGAGGCAGGGAGACGAGCAGUUCUUCCGGGACAUCCUUUCUUCUCCGCCCCUGCUCGAUACCUCACUUAAACAACGGGCGAGGAUCUUACCAGCUCUAGAAGAUGUCUGGGAUAAGAGGAGGGCCGAACCUACCUUUCUAUUGGAGACCAAACUCUUCCUCGCCAUUGCGGAGGGGAACCUAACGUAG